GUUUUUUUGGUGUUUUUUUUGUUAUUCGUGGUUGUGAGGUGAGGGGGUGUCUCCUCACCCUCACGCCCCUGCCGCUGGUUACUGAGGCCUUAAUUAGAUAAAAACUCCUUAAUGAGGCCAUUUCUUAAUUAGGGCUCUCUUACAGCUACUCCUGUUGUUGUAUGAGGAGAAUCCCAGAUUGUCUUCCCCCGGUAUAUUGUAUUUUGGCUUCUGUGUUGUAUUUUCUCCUUUUAGAGUUUCCAUCAUCUUUUCCGUAGCUGCACCUGCCCAAGAAUUUUGAAUUUUUUUUUUCCCUCCAGGAGGCUUUUUUAUUUGUUUGUUAGGGUUGUUUUUUUUUUUUUGUAAUGCAAUAACCAUUGAUGCUUUGAGAGCUCAGCAAAGUGAGUUCUGUGGAAAAACUUAACAGUGAGGAUUUUAAGUGCCCAAAUGUUGCUGUCAUAACAAACACCUGGAGUUUAAUGAGGAACUUGUUCCUCCUUAUAAACAGUUUUAAAAGCAUCCAAAUGAUGGGAAAUUUUGGGGUCUGUGUAUUUCUGCACCAAAUUCAUGCCCCUCUGCUGUGUGUGUGACAGAUUUUGCUUUUUUGCUUUGGUGAGGGAAAACAGAUUUUUUUUCUCUCUCUAAAAUGACAUUUUGAGGUGAUAUUUGAUGCACUUUGUGAAGGUGCAGGGAGGCUGGGGGUUGAUGUACAUGUGAAAAAUGAAUUUACUUCAUGGAAUUGAGGCAGUGUUUUACUGGUUUAUUUUUUUUGUUUUGUUUUGGUUUUUUUGUCCUAUGGGCUUUAGGCGUUGUGUUGAUUCUGGAUUUGUUCUGAUUUUUCUCUAGAUUAUUUAGUGAUUAUAAAGGUUUGUUCAAUGGCAGAUUUAUCCGUCUAACAGGUAUUGGAAAGAUGGAGAAGACUUUGAACAGAAUUCAUCCAGUUUCUGAUCCAGAAGCAACCUAUUUUCUGCAGGUGUCAUGGGAAAAGGAUUUGGGUGCUGGCUUUGGUUUGCUUCUUAGUGAUUGUCAGUGUGCCUGGACUGGGAAAGUGUCUGAAGCAGACAUUUCUAGGGAGGCUGCUGACAUAGAAAUGGACAGAGAAAAAUAUGUGGAUGAGCUAAGGAAAGCACUGAUAGCUGCAGAAGAGUCUGCUGGCAAAUACAACUUUGUGAUUUCAAGAGAUGAGCAGAGUAAGGCCUGCCACUUCUCCUAUGAAAGGAACCUGAAAGAUGGCUCUUUCAGGCUUGGAUCUCUGAAGCUGCAGGAAGUCCCAAGCCCAGCAGAGGUGCUCAAGGAGCUCAUUGGACACUGCCUGGACAGCCUGGGAAAGCUGCAGGCCAAAACUGAGCAUCUGCAGAGAGAAAAUGAAAGGCUUUUCAGCAGCUGGAGUGACGUGGAGAAGAGGCUGGAAAAAUGCGUGGAAGCUAAAGAGGAGCUGGAGGCUGACCUCUACAGCAGGUUUGUUUUGGUGCUGAAUGAAAAGAAAGCCAAGAUAAGAAACCUGCAGAAGCUGCUGAGUGAAGCCAGGGAAUCUGCAGUGGAUGCCAAAUGCUCGAGGGAUAGUAUAGCUACCACUCAGAUGGUUAUAAAGAAAGAAAACAACUAUGAUGCCAGCACUGAUGAGGAAAGUGAAAAUCCAGCAGGGGCCUCAUUGCCAUCAGAAUCACUGCACAUUGAUGGAGGGGUGGAGGAAUUGCAUCAAGCUUUGCCAUUCCAGGCUGUGUUUCACCCUUCAAUAAUCCCUCAGGCAGCUGAUACUCAGCAAAACUUAGUGGGGAGACUCUUUAUCAGAAGAAAACACCACUCUUUAUCAGAAGAAAACACCAUGUUUCCUGGGCUUGGGUAUUUGGGGUCUGUGUUUCCUGGUGGGUUUGGGUGACCAUUCCCAUUUUAAUAAACAAUUUUCCUGGUGCCUGCUGGCUCUCAGGGGGAGGAUCCGUGGAACAUGAGCACAGCUCAGGGCGUGAUCCUGUUUUUUCUCACUGAGGGCUGCAGCUUUUGCCAUAUGGAAAGACUAUCCCAGAGUUAGUGGUUCCCAGGGGAGCAGGACCAGUCCUGUAACCAGUCACACACGCUGACCUCACCCUGCAGCCUGGCUCUGCAUCCCUGCUGUCUGCCUCACUUGUUUGACGUGGUCUCCUGCCAUUCUUCUCCACCUCUAAUAAACAUCCCUGGGGAUGUCCCAGCUUGUCCAUGCCCUGCACACCACGGGGGUUUUUGUGGUGUGGAGCUGAGCUCCUUCCUCACUUUCCUCCUGGACUUUGCUCAUGGUCACAGCAAGGUAAAAAAAAAACCCAGCCCAGGUCUGGGGUCCUGCCACAAGUGUUACAAUCCAUUCACAAUGAAUAAUAGAUGAUGACUGAAAGUCAAGCUGUGUGAGUGUUUAAGAGCAUCUAAAUAGAAGCUGUUGCAGAUUAAACCAACUUCUUCACUCUGACUGAGACCUGCUGAUUGAUAAUUUUUUUGUUCAUCGUGUAUCAACAUCUUGCACAUGAAGGGGUUUCACGUUCAUUGUUCUCUAAGUGUUGCAAUAAAUAUUAAUGUGUUGCUGCUCUCAGAGUACUUACUGGGGUCUUUAAAAUUCUUUAAAUAUACCCUCAGAGCCUCUUAGGGCAACCAGAAUUACCUGUAGCACUUUCCAAAGCAGAAUUAUCCCGUGAUGUUGAUUGAGAUUGUGCCAGUGCAUCUGCCAUAAAAACAUUAAUG